AUGUCGUCGUCGUCGCAGGUGACGGAAUCAUGGAUUGCGUCCUUCUGCGGGUUGCUAGGCCACGAAUACUUUGCCGAGGUGUCAGAGGAUUUUAUUGAAGAUGACUUCAAUCUCACAGGCCUGCAGUCGCAGGUCCCCAUGUACAAGGAAGCACUGGAGAUGAUACUGGACGUGGAGCCAGAGGACGACGAGGACGACGAAGACGAAGACGAAGAGGACGAAGAGGACGAUGACAUACUGGGCGACGAAAGACCGCCGGGAUACCGAAGGGCAAGCGAUCGGAGACAUCUACGGAUAGCGUCUGAUCUCAGUGUGAUAGAGAGCUCUGCCGAGCUGCUCUACGGACUCAUACACCAGCGGUACAUCACCUCCCGGCCAGGCAUCCAGCAAAUGGCCGAGAAGUAUGAGCUCCAGCACUUCGGCACCUGUCCACGCGUGAAUUGCAAUUCCUGCAAAGUCCUCCCCGUAGGCCUCAAUGAUAGCCCCGGACACGAGACCGUAAAACUCUUCUGCCCUUCCUGUCUAGAUGUAUACACACCGCCCAACUCGCGCUUCCAAACCGUCGACGGCGCAUUCUUCGGGACGACAUUCCCCUCUCUCUUCUUCAUGACCUUCACCGAUCUCGAUAUCGGCGGCGGCCUACGCAGCAAUACGUCGGCCACUAUCGACGCUUUAGCCCAGCUACAAGCCCAAAGCGCAGACGGCAAGUCGCGCAACACCACCCCCUCAAACGUCACAUUGAUAAACGGGGUGGCUCCACAUAACCUUGCGCCAGGCCUGGGCACAGGGAGUAUCUACGAGCCGCGCAUCUACGGCUUCCGCGUCAGCGAGCGCGCACGAUCAGGGCCCCGCAUGAAAUGGCUACGGAUGCGGCCUACGGACGUGACCGAGCUUGAUGAGACAAGACGAUACUGGGAAGAUCGUGACGACGAUGCGGAUCGACCGGAUGACGAUGAUCUCAAUAUGGUGGAUGUCGCGGAGGGAGGCAAGGGCACGGCGUCAGUAGACCGGAGAAAGAAGGCUAUCCGGACACGGAGACGGCCAACAAAUGGGUCGAAUGCUGGGGGAGGUGGGAGUCCGAUGGAUACGAAUGGUGUUGGACCAGCCGCAGGUUAG